GUUUUUUAAAGUCUUCGAAAUAAAAUAACUCAUCAAGUACAUAGAAAGGCCAUAAGCUCGUAAAUCCAACUGAAGAAUCCAGUUUGAGUAUGCUGUCUGCAUCAGAAACCACGUCACAAUCUAUUUACAAGCUUCUUUGUGAGGGUUGGGUUUUAUUUAGUAGUGCAGAAAAACACUGCAAUCAAUGGAACCAAGUGAAACAUACCUGCCAUAAAGGAAGGAAGAGAUGCUAUGAUGUAUUUCACACGGCACACUUACGUCCUCCACAAAGGUCACAGCUCUCACAGAUCUGAAGGGCUCAAAGCUUCCAGGAAGUACAUGCAGAAAAACUCGUCUGCUUUGGGGAGCAUCUGCUCAGAAGCGCAUGGGAUGUCACGGGCGACAGGCCGCUCCACUGCAUCAUGAUCAACACCUACCAGACCAGCAUGGCGCUGCCACAGGUGCCUCCGCCGGUGCCCCCGCGGCUCGGCAGGCCCGAGCCCAUCCUCAUCCCAACUCAGCUCCCAUCGCCAGGCUACAGCAAGCCACUUCUGCGAUUUCUGGUUUGUGUGGUGACGCUGCACUUGUUUCUGUCUGUUGGAGGAUUUCUAUACCUGUACUACAACGAAAGACAAAUUGCACAUGCAACCUAUUCCUCACCACAAGGAAGAGUUGGUUUUCCCCCCGUAGAAAAACAAGAAACAACCUACGGAGCUUUUGCACGCAUGUUAAUUGGAAAGCCAAAUGCUACAAUUGAGAAAAAAUCUGGUUAUCUUGAGUGGAGAAUGGACCUCUCAGUUCGCAAGAGAAUCAACUACUUUCACAAAAGCUGGCUGACUGUCCUGGAGCCCGGUGACUACCUCGUCUACUCCAGGGUGACCUUCUCCAAGCACAGCAUCGCCCCGCUGACCGGCUGCAUCAAGAUGAGGAACAGCGAGACAGAAGCGGAGAAGGAGGUGACUAAGGCCCACUGCAGCCUGAGCGACAAGGACGGUUUGAGCCCUCAGCUGUGCACAGUUACGCUGCAGGACGUGAUCACGCUGAGCAAGGGAAACCAGCUCGGCAUCUGGGUGGAAAAUCUCUCGCUUGUGGACUACGGAAAGCAAUCGACGAGUUUUGGGAUGUAUAAGCUGUAGGAGCCGCAUGGACCAGGACUCCAAAACAGGGAUCUGUGAAUGUGGAUGGAAUAUAGAUACUAAGAAGACUCUGCAGGAGUUAAUCAACAAACUUUUGUGGAAUUGAGAGACAUUUUCAAACUAUAAUUUAUUAAAUAACAUUGUCUAUUUCUUUGUUAUUGUCAGUGAUUGCUUUGUAUUUAUUUAUAUAAAUUGGACCAUAUGUAAAAUAACUUUUAUAUUUAAUCUGAAUGAUCUAUUCUGGUUUUUUUGGGGGUGAGGCAAUUACACAUUUCAAGGAUUAGUGCUUACAUUUUCAUUGUCCAGCAGCUCUUAAUGGAGAUUAUUUGACAAAAAAACUCAAAAUUUCAGAAAAACAGCACUUUUUAAAUGUGAUAAAGAACAGAAACUGCUCUGAACCACUGUGGUUUUGAUUUUCUAGAGCACACAGCAGCAACUAGUGAUGCACCUUCUCACGGUGACAAAGAUAGACACUUGACUUGAAAAUUAUCUUUGGAAAUCUGACGAGGUCAACUUUUUCUCUCAUCACAGUUAUCCUUUUUGUAAUUUAACCUUCCAAAUCAAAUCAAUGUAUCUUGUUUCAGAAUUCAAAAAAUCCAACGACCCUUUCAGCUCUUUUUUAGGCAGGGCUGCCAUGUUGGUAUAUUUUUUUUACUACAGGUCUUUAUGGGUAGGGUGGCCCAGGUUUUGGGGAAAACCUGAGCAUCUGACAUCUAUUUUUAGUUUUUAAGUUAUGCAAACAGUGCUUCAAGUAUGUUUUUUUAUUGCUUUUUUCCAAUGUCGAUUUGGCGAGGUGCAGUAAAGAGAUUUUUCACUGUAUUUUAAAAAAACUGGAGAAUGAAUUUAUGUCUAGACUGAUUUUUUUUUUCUACACUGCGCAGAGAUUUUUUAAAAGCUUUUUUUAAUAUGCGUAUGAAAACACACAAAAGCUCGUCAAGAUUUUCAAGUUCCGAAGAAACUGUUCGCCCAGGGAGGCAAGAAUGGAUAUGAAAAAACUCUAUGCCAUCCAUCUUGAGUCGUGACACUCAUACCAGGCUCGCUUGGGCCUUUUUGUGUUCCUAAAAUAGCUCCACUCUGCUUCUUCAUGACUGUAAUGUUUCCUUUUUAGUUCAUAAGUACACCUGCAGUACUUGAUGAGUAAUUCAAAACGUCUGAGAGUAUAGGUUGGCGAAUAAAACGUGCUUUUCACAUGGAGUACAACAGUAUGGAAAGUGUGAAUCUCUAUGGAGGUGUGCAGAUGCAGCCUACCCUUACAGCAUGUCACUCCUUCCACUGUGCAAAAGGUUUCCUGAGAGCGAAGCUGAACAGCCUACAAAUUCCUGCGCUGCACAUGUGAUGAACGUGGGGCGGAAAAGCCUGCCUGCCUGCCAUCUGUGGAUUUCCAGCGUGAAAAUAGAAAACCUAUUUCCAUUGCUGUCAUGGUUACAAACUGAUUUUCAAUCCAAAACUCUGCUUGUUAUAUUAAACUUUUAAUAAAAGAACAAUCAAACCAAACAUACAGUAGAGAAUGUCUAGAAAAAAAGGAUAAAAUACUUGCAACAAUAAUUGCAUAGAACAAGCUUUAAAAAAAACAAACAAAAA